AGUGACGCACGGCUGGCAGAGCAGUGCCGGCCGCCCUGAGAGCACAGCCCUAUGCGCCGCCUCGGAGCCUCGUGCCCUCCUGCGUCACCCACCGUGAGUGAGACCCCUUUCCCCAGGGACCCCUUACCCAGCCCCACGGUGGGGCCACAGAGGAGUGGGCGGGUGCUGUGGGCAGGGGCACGUGGACCGUCAGCACAGGCAGGUUCCCCAGCAGUGGGGGGUUGUUUUUGGAGUCAUGUCUGAUAUGAUCUCCGGGAUGCCAGUACCCCUCGAAGUGGAGCCGUGCCCUCGCGGUGGGGACGGCAGCAAUGUGGGGCACAGGCAGCGGCAAAUCCAGGCAAAGCAGCCUCGUGGGAGGACACAGGAGGAUGCAGCAGGUCCCCACCAGGACCCCCUGCAGCCACAGCGCUCUCACGGGAGGUGAUGGAGGUGAUGCCUGUCCCUGUCCUGCAGGUGGUCCCCACUGCCGCCCCAUGUUCCGCUCCCGCCGCGCGGGGCUGGUGCGGCGGCUGUGGCGGCAGCACUGUGCAACAGCGGACCCCGAGGAUGGCCCCAGCGCCCUCAAACCAGCAGCUCAUGCCCUCUUCAAGAAGCUGAAGGAUGAGGAGCUGGAGCUGCUGGUGCUGGCAGUGGAGAGCCGGGGCGCUUGGGAGUCCAGCUGUGUUUGGGCACCACGGGGGGAUGUGCGAGGGGCCAAGCAGGGGCUCCCCCCUCAAGUCCUGCUCUGCCGCCUCUUCCGCUGGCCCGACGUUCACCAGCCCCAUGAGCUCAAGCACCUCUGCUACUGUGCUGGGCACCGGGGGGUCUGCGGGGACUUGGCUGCACUCUGCUGCAACCCCCACCACUUCAGCCGCCUGGCUGUACCUGAGACCCCACCACCCCCCUACUCGAAGGCAUCCUGUGGUCCCUCCUGGCCAGACGAGCCCCAGCACCCUGGCACUCAGCUCCUAGAGUUCAGCUGCAAAGGUGGGGACUGGCACGACACCAGCCUCUCACAGAGCACCAUCAAGGAUGGCUGCUGGUGCAAACUGGCUUACUGGGAGCACCGGACACGUGUGGGCCGCCUCUACGCCGUGCACGAGGCAUCAGUGAAUGUCUUCUGUGAGCUACCAUGGGGCAGCGGGUUCUGCCUGGCCCAGCUGCCGGCUGCCCACCGCAGCCGUGCUGUCCGGCGGGCACGUGGCAAGAUCGGCCGGGGGCUGCUGCUGAGCCGGGAGCCAGGCGGCAUCUGGGCCUACAAUCGCAGCAAGCACCCCAUCUUCGUCAGCUCGCCCACCCUGAGCCCCCCCGGGGCCUGCAGGCUCACUGUCCUCAAGGUGCUGCCUGGCUACUCAGCAAAGGUGUUUGACUAUGAGCAGGUGGGGGGCAAAGGGGGCUGGCGGCUCCCUGGGGAGGGGCCCUCCGACCCCCACAGCAUCCGCAUCAGCUUUGCCAAGGGCUGGGGACCCUGCUACUCCCGGCAGUUCAUCACCUCGUGCCCGUGCUGGCUUGAGGUCCUGCUGAACCAGCUGCUCUGAGGGGCUGGAGCCUGGGGGGGGAUGUCAGGGAGCUCGCUCAGAGCAGGUGCAC